AUGGGGAAAGAAAAUGCCAUGUCUCGUCCUGUCACUCGUGCCUUUGCGUCUGCUUUGCGUGCUUUAGAAGUGACUUCUACUACACAGAAUCAACAGAGACCAAACACAAAAAGACCAGCCUUGGAGGAUGAGAACGCCACUGCACCAAAGAAGAUGAAGCGAGAGGUUUUAGGGGAUAUCUCAAAUGUUAGCUUCAAUGCAGCUAAACUUGAGGCCAAAAACGUCAAGCAGGUAAAGAAGGGACUAGGAAAGGGAUUGGCGAGUACAUCUUCUGUUACUUCAGGAGUCACAGAUCUUCAGUCUGGGAUUGAUGCAAAAGUAGUUGUUGUACCAAUUGAAGCAGGAAACCUGUCUCUUUGUAAAGGCAUAAAUGACACAGCUGAUAACUGUAUUGAGAACUGGAAUUUCAGAUUGCCUCCAAGACCUCUUGGGAGAUUAGCUUCUACAGUUGAGGAAACUGCUGUUAUUGGUUGUUCAACUGUACCGGAUAUCCCAAAAUUUGUAGACAUUGAUUCAGAUGACAAGGAUCCUUUAUUGUGCUGCCUCUAUGCCCCUGACAUCUACUACAAUAUUCGUGUUUCAGAGCUUAAACGCAGACCAUUUCCUGACUUCAUGGAGAGAAUACAGAAGGAUGUUACUCAGUCCAUGCGGGGGAUUCUGGUUGAUUGGCUUGUGGAGGUGUCUGAGGAAUACACACUUGUACCCGACACUCUCUACCUUACAGUGUAUCUCAUAGACUGGUUCCUCCAUGGAAACUACGUGGAAAGACAGAGACUUCAACUGCUCGGCAUCACUUGCAUGCUAAUUGCCUCGAAGUAUGAGGAAAUCUGUGCGCCACGCAUUGAAGAGUUCUGCUUUAUCACGGAUAACACCUACACAAGAGCUCAGGUCCUGGAAAUGGAGAACCAAGUACUUAAGCAUUUUAGCUUUCAAAUAUACACUCCCACUCCAAAAACGUUCCUUAGGAGAUUUAUCAGAGCAGCGCAAGCCUCUCAACUGAGUCCUAGUCUUGAAAUUGACUUUCUAGCCAGCUAUCUAACGGAAUUGACAUUAAUAGACUACCAUUUCUUGAAGUUUCUUCCUUCUGUCAUCGCUGCUUCAGCUGUUUUUCUUGCCAAGUGGACAUUGAACCAAUCAGACCACCCAUGGAAUCCAACACUUGAGCAUUACACAACGUACAAAGCAUCAGAUUUGAAAGCACCUGUUCAUGCCUUGCAAGAUUUGCAGCUCAACACCAAAGGUUGUCCCUUGAGCGCUAUACGCAUGAAGUAUAGGCAAGAAAAAUUCAAAUCAGUGGCAGUUCUCACAUCUCCAAAACUACUUGACACGUUAUUCUGA